AUGGAUAAAGAAAAAAAACUAAUUAAAGUUUAUGGUGGAGGAAAAUCGCUUUUGUUAUCUUUAGAAAAUACAAGAGAGCAUUGGGAAGAAGAAAAAGAUAAAAUAAAUAUUAAUUUAAAAAAUCAAAUAGCUAGAGAAGCUAUUAAUUUAAUUAAAGAUGGAGAUUUAAUAUAUUUAGAUAUCGGUACCACUACCAAACAAAUGAUUAAAUAUUUAAAUAUAUACAACAAAAAUCUUUCAAUUAUUACAAAUGGUUAUUCAAUAGCUCUUGAAUUAAUUGAACAAGAUAUAGAUGUAUGUUUAUUAGGAGGAAAAUUGAUACCUAGUACUCAUGCAAUAGUUGGUGAAUUAUCGUUGAAAUUUGUUGAUAAUUUUUAUUUUGAUAAAGCAUUUAUAGGGAUGAAUAAUUUUAUUGACAAUCAUUUUUAUACAACUAAUAUUGAAGAAGCGAUAUUAAAAGAAAAAAUUAUUCAAAAUUCUAAAAGAUAUUUCAUUCUAAUGGAUUCUUCUAAAUUCGAUAAAAAAAAUAAGAUUAAAGUUGAGUUAAAAGGUAAACAGACUUUAAUUAGUGAUGAAAUGCCAAACAAUUUUAAUGGUGAAUUUAUUAAAGCUCAAUACAAAUAA